UUGCUAUAAGCAAAUUACCUGAAGUCUAAGACGAAAAUAUUACACGCAAGUGAUAUUAGAAAGAGGAGCCGCCUUGUACAAGUUGCUAUAAGCAGAUUACUUGAAGUCUAAGACGAAAUUAUUACACGCAAGUGAUAUCAGAAAGAGGUACCGCCUUGUACAAGUUGCUAUAAGCAAAUUUUCUAAAGUCCAAGACGAAAGUAUUACACGCAAGUGAUAUUAGAAAGAGGAGCCGCCUUGUACAAGUUGCUAUAAGCAAAUUACUUGAAGUCUAAGACGAAAUUAUUACACGCAAUUGAUAUCAGAAGCAGUAGGAGUAGGAGGAGAAGACAUGCACUUGUUCCUGCAGACACUAUACCUGCUGACUGUGAUGGUCUGCACUGCGAUGCUCAUGCUGGUGCUGCUGCUCGUGACGCCUGAUGUGCACUACAGGCUCAGUCAGGGCGUGUACAGGCGAGCCCUCACCCCAGCCUUCUUGCAGGGGGAUUUUGCUGCGGUGGGGGCCGUGGUGAGCGACGAGCGACGACGCGACGUGCAGACGUCGGACGUCUCGGCGGCGGUAAAACACGAGGUCGCAUGGGACUACACAGGCAAUAAUACAGGUCACCUGAAGCUGCUGCUGGACUAUGAGCGUCCGUAGCACGCGGUGUGGGCGGCCGCAGCGGACGGCGCCUGCGCUGCGCUGCGCGUUCGCUUCGCACGACGUCACUCCCUGCCACGCACGGCGCUCGCCUCGUACCCUGGCUCCGGCAACACGUGGCUUAGAUACCUGAUCGAGGGCAGCACAGGCAUCUUCACGGGCUCAGUGUACAGCGACCGCCAGCUCGCUGCCAGAGGCUUCUACGGCGAGAACGUGAGCCCAGAGUGCGGCUGUACAGUCGCGGUCAAAACGCACGGCUACUGCCUCAUGGGCGUGCCCGUGGACCGGUCAGUGAGACUACGAGACCAGGACCGCUUCUUCAGACGGGCGCUGCUGCUGCUGAGAAGCCCAUACGACAGCAUCAUCUCCUACAGGAACUUCCAGGGCGCUGGCCACCUCGGCCUCGCCCCUCCCAGUGCCUUCAGGAAACAAGACUGGCAGAUGUUCGUGAGAAGCCAGGCGCUGAUCUGGCGCUCGUUUGCGCUUGACUGGCUCAUGCACGGCCGGAGCAUCGAGGUCGUUCAUUAUGAAUCCCUGAAGGACAACCCAAAGAAGGAGCUGCUGCGAGUCCUUAACUUCCUAAGGAUACAGCCUGAGCCUCAACGCCUUGAAUGUGCCUUACGAUUCCCGGACGGUGCAUUCAAGAGGACGGCGACGCGCGACGCUUACUACAAGAGCAGGGAUCCCUUCACUCAAGACCACCACGAGCUCAUCGAAUCUGCCAUGCAUGACGUGAACAACGCGUUGGCGAGACGAGGAUUACCGCAGUUACCCACGCACAAGUACUCGUACAUUAGAAAAAACGGACCCUACGCCGCACCUAAGGAGGACUACGUUAUUUUUAACCUGAGCAGCCAGACUGUAGAUGAUCAUGAUUUUAAACUUGAUAAAAAUAUCAGGGCCGACAGAAAAUUCAGUAAACUUCUCAUUCAGAGAAAAAGAGUUAUAAGAAAAAAUAAAUAUCCAUGAGAUUGAAAUUUUAGUAGCCUUAGCCUAGAUUUAAAAGCGGAUAUAUUAAGACUAUUAAAGUUUCUGAUUCGACCAGUUACUAUCUAUUUUAGUUCUUCGCUAAGCCAUGCCAUGCCACUCAGUGCUCUUAUAAAGUAUGCAUCCAGCCAGCGCUAAGCCGUCAUCACGACGUCAUAAAUGCUUCAAGUGUAGAAUUAUAAGGGAUAUAACAUGACUGCGAUGACUUAGUUGUAGAAUAAAUGCCUCAAAACAAUAUAAACUUAGCAAUUUCUUCCAUUACUUGCCUACGCUUGGUGUCCUAGCAUAAGCUCGUCAGCAUCAUUGAAAGAUUUAUAAUAACAGAGUUAGUGCUUUGCUGUAGAUAUUCUUAGAAUUUUAAGACAGAUGUUGCCGAAGAUUCAACAUUACCGUUUCAUCUAUCCACGGCUUGAUUAUUUCUGUCAAUUUGUUUAGUUUUCUUUACAAGUAUAGACAUUGGAUGUCUUGAAUGGAUUUAGUACAGAAUCGUUCUUUUAAGGCUGUGUCCAUUGUAGUACAACCGUGUCGAAGUUGAUCAAUGAAAAAUUAAAUUUUUUGUUUUCUUUGAAGAUUUAGCUACUUCUAUAGUCCAAGAAUUUAUAGAAUAAUAUUAAGACAUUUUUCUUAUAAGAAGCAGCAUAUUGAACCGUCACCUCGUUUCUUGCAAUAAUUAUUGUCUGAGUGAAUGCCACAAUUGCUUUAUACUUUUCAUCAAUAGCUCUAUAUAUGUUCGCAAUAAUGAACCAACAACUUAGCAAGUAUUGAAUAAGGCGUAAAGUUUUUAUUAAAAGCUGCUGUGAGCUACCGAACCCCGGCCGCGUGUGUGCUGUGCCUUAUGCGUGUAGAGAAUACGAGGUUAGUUACAUCAGUACAUUACUAUCGCCCUC